CGACGUAGCUGACUGGUGGCGGCGGGGCAGGGGACUACGGAGCUGCAAGAUGCCGCUUCUUCUCAACGACCAACCCAUAAGCUUACCUUCGUCCACUGGGGAGUUCAUUGAGCGUUAUUCCAAGUUAAAGGAAGGUGCAGAAACUUUGAAAUCAAAACCAGCUGUCAAGGUGGACUCUAAAGGUCUUCUAUAUAUUCAGCAAAGGGAAUUUGCAGCAACAACUCCUCAGGAUGGCUCUGUAUCUAUACUUGGAACAGAAGAUGCAACUACUUGCCAUAUGGUGGCUCUGCGGCACACAGGGUGUGGAGCUACAGCUUUGGGACACUGUGAUGGAAUGGAUACAGCAGUCUGUGUGUCCAAAAUGCUAAAUGCUGUCAAGUCCUUGUCAGAUGGAUUCAGCCAUGGGAGAUAUGAAGUUCACCUUGUAGGAGGUUUCAUGGAUGAAGGGUACCUAUCUCAGAAGCUCACCCUAGAACUGCUUGAAGCUUUGAACAGUCAGUCAGAGAAGAUUCAUUUAGAAACCUACUGUGUAACAGAGCUUAAUGAUGUGAAGCAGCAAAAUACUCACUGGCCUGUGAUAUAUGGAAUAGCUGUAGAUGUGAAAACUGGUGAUAUCUUUCAAGCAACCUUCCCAGAGAGGGGUCCAGACGAGGAUAUUCGUUCUGCUCGGACUUUUCUGGCAGGUCCGAUGAUGUCAAUUUAUGAUUCAAAAGUGGAAGAGUUGCAGAUUGAACCAUAUGAGUGGAAGCCAUUUCCACAUGCCAAAUUCUGGUUGCAGCAGCCUGAUCAUGUGCUAUUAGAGUAUUUUUCAACAUCCCCUCUGGUUGAACCACCACACUUCGUAAAGCACUGGAAGAAUGUUUUAAAAUUCCUAAGCGCUGUUCCAGAAGAGGCACCAUUUCCAAACAGCAAGCCCAGGAACUACAAAAAAACUGCAGAUGGGGUUUGGCGGAGGCUCCAUUACGCCAGCUGAAGUUUGUACCGUUUACCCCUAAAUGUUGUUAUUCCUUCUAAUCAUUAAAAGUGUUGAACUUGAAGGCUUGACCAUUCAAACUGAUAUUUCCAUUCAAUUAACAUGUUAGGCUGUAGUAAUUUUGUCAAUGACAAUAUCACAAAACACUCUGCUGCGAUUCUUUGAAGUUGUGACAGAUUGGAAGAGGGUCCGUGUGAAAAUACUGCAAUCAUUUUAUUGAUGCCAUCUAUAAUAAGUUUGAUUUUGUGAAGUAUAGCCUUUUGAAUUAUUCCUGAACUCUUACCCCCCCCCCGCC